AUGAUCUCAUCGUCGUCUUCUCCAACAACAAUUACUACUACAACUACUAUUACGACUCAAGAUGCAACUAUCAAUUUCAUGAAACAAGAAGAAACUCAAUCAAACAUUUCACAAAAAUCAAAUGAAAAACGUUUUCGAUUGAAUUCAUUAUUAUUGACAAGAAGAAAAUCCUCUCCAACAACUACUUCUCCAUUAAGCAAUCAAAGUCAACACACAUUCAUGACAGCCAAUUCCCCAACGACAGCUGUGAAUGGUAAUCAUUAUUCAGAAAAUCAAUGGAAUGGGACACAACAGCAUGAUCAUUUCAUUGUGAAUGGAAUUCAUCAAGAACAGUUGUCAGAAGUCGUCUUUGAGGACAAACACAUUCUUUACACCACAACUGCCCAUACGAAUAUGGAUGCAGAAUCUGUGACAAGUGACAAUACAGGUUCCACCACUAACUCUGUAUCUACCAUGAUAGAAAAUACCAUUUUACAUCAAUACUCAAGUAAUGCUGUCAAGAAUUAUGAAAAAUCGUUCGUCUUGAUGAGAGAAAUUUUGGAUACUUUUUUAAUGAAUGAAGCAGAAAGUGAAAUUAAUAUCGAUGGUCAGUCCAAGUACAGAUUAUUAGGAAACGCUGCAUUGUUGAAUCUUCAAAGCUAUAUUGAAAUGGACUUGAUGACGAAAUAUACUUUAUUUGAUCAAGUAGAGUUAGAAUUACUAUUAUUGGUUAAGGAAGAUAUUCUACCAAGAUUUGCCCAAUCAGAAGAGUGGCAAAAUUUCGUCCUUGAACAUGGAGAUAUUGCCAACUCUUGCUGUUAUCCAGAAGAUGUUAAAAAAGUUCUCAAAUUAAGAUAUCGAAAAGAAGAUUUACUUCGCGAAUACAUCUCUCAGAAAGAUAUUGAUUUUAGUGAAAUGGCUGCAAGUGACAUGUCAUGUCUGAAACACAUGUUAGAUAUUAAUGGUCUUAACAUUUUCUCAACAAAGGGAGAUCAAUUUGUGGAUCUUCAAGAUAUUGGAAUGGGAGGAUUUACCAACGCCAAGAUUAUUGGAUUUUUACCUUUCGCAGCAGAAGUUGUCAUUAGUGGACAUUGUAGUGGCUAUGCCAUGACAAAAUUCGUUCCAACCACACUCUUUGAUCAAGAUCAUGAAGGAAAAAUUAUUCCUUUCAGAGAACAUGAAUUUGAACAUGUCGAUUUUUCCAACGAGCUCAAUAAGGAUGUUUAUCCAAGUUGGUUAACAAAAUUUUCUGUCAAGUAUCCAAGACCAUGUUCGAAAAGAACGUGUUAUGCUGCUGGAACAUGUGUCUUUGUGAAAGGAAGAUAUAUCAUGAUUAACAAGUCCGUUUUAAAUCCAGACAAGUAUCCAAGUGAAUAUAUUUUCUGCAAAAACUCUAAAAUGAAGAAAGAAAAGACGACGAACAGUCUUUUUGUGAGUAUUCAUGUCGUGACACCUGUAGCAAAAGAAAAGUGUCACUUUGUGAAUUUAUUAUUACUUAACACUGGAGGAUUUUUAAAUAUUCUUGCGGAAAGCAUGUUAAAACAAAGUUUGAAAGUUUGUUCUCAACAACAAAUGACAAUGAUUGAAGAGCUUAAUGUAAUGAAGAAAGAUCGAUUUGCCUUGAUUGAAGACGGAUAUAAUCGAGCAAGGCAAUUCAUUUCUCUCUCGUUAGCUAAAUUUGGUAAAACCAUUGGAACUGCUGAAGGUUGUACAUUUCCACAGACUUUUGAAGAAUUUCAAAAAUACGCAGAUUCUUAA